AUGACCGGAAUGGGUAGGGUAGUGCUUUAUCAAAUUCGUCUGAAUUCAUUGGAGCGCCGUAUAUGUGAUGCUAUCAAGGAUUACUGUGGGAGUGGCGUUAGUGGGCAGGGAGAGCCACUGAGACCCCGAAUUGCCGGAGGCUGGGUACGUGAUAAGUUGUUAGGGCUUGAUUCGGAGGAUAUUGAUGUUGUGGUGAACAACAUCAGUGGGGAGCAGUUUGUCAGCGGGCUGGUGGAAUUUUUGAGAGGACGUGAUGUUGGGAAGGUAGGUAGUGUUCACAAGAUCAAUCGGAAUCCGGAAAAGUCGAAGCAUCUGGAGACGUGCACGACACAUCUGUUCGGGGUACCUGUUGAUUUUGUUAAUUUACGAUCCGAAAGAUAUACGGAGGAUUCUCGUAUACCUGUUGUGGAGUUCGGGACUCCGCUUCAAGAUGCGAUGCGUCGAGAUGCGACUUUAAACGCACUUUUUUAUAAUAUCAUUGAGGAAAAAGUGGAAGAUUUCACUGGAAGUGGAUUGAAGGAUCUGUCUGAAGGUGUUUUGAGAACGCCGAUUUUGCCCCAGCAGACUUUUAAAGAUGAUCCAUUGCGUAUCUUGCGUUUGCUCAGGUUUGCAUCUAGGUUCUCGUUCGUGCUUGAUCCGGAGGCAUUGGAGGCAAUGAAACAGGAAGACAUCCACAGGAUGCUUGAGACGAAGGUCUCGAGAGAACGUGUUGGUGUGGAGGUGCAUAAAAUUUUGAUUAGCAAAUCUCCUUUGUGUGGGAUAAAGCUCAUGCUGGAUGCGGGUCUUAUGCGGCAUGUGUUUUCAUAUAUGGGGGGGGCAUCAUCGACUGCACUUGAUAAUUGCUACAAAAGAAUGAUUAGCGGGGGCUACAAAUUAGUAGGGAAUUUAACUCACGUAAUUGCUGGAUAUCCCUUGCUGGGAACAUGGUAUGAAGACUGUAACUUUAGGGAGCAUAUGCUGCUAUCGCUUAUCCUAGCUCCGUUCAAUGAGCUCUAUGCAUCCAAGCACUCACGGAAGGGUUCCUCGGCUCUUGGAAGAAUUAUAAAAGACAGUCUCAGGUACCCGAAAUUAUCCGUCGAGUUAGUGGAGCUUAUUGUGGGAUCCUUAAAUGAAUAUCAUGAAUGUGUCAUUAACCAUGCCUCAUGGCCAAGGUCCAGAGUAGGAGAAGUAAUUAGGAAGUUGAAAGGUCAUUGGGAGCUAUGCCAUUGUGUCACGUUGACUCAUAUUUUUCUCGAGGGAGAUAACCUGGAAGGCGAAACUUUGGUUGAUCUGACUGACAAAUAUCAACGGUUUGAAAACUUCGUUAAGGACAACGGCCUUACUGACGUGCACAAUCUAAAGCCCUUGAUUGACGGCAAAGAAAUUGCAAAAUUGUACAAUAUUCGAGGAGGUCCAUGGAUGAGUACAUUAAUGCACGAUAUUUUGAUGUGGCAGAUGGACCAUCCAGAAUCCAGCAAAGACCAACUAAUCUCAUGGAUGUUGCCCUUGAAGGACAAGUACCUGUCGCCUUAA